GAAUGAGAGUUUAAGAGGUGUGUGUACUGCUGUAGGCUGGAAUCCUCGUUCUCUGCUCUCAAGACAACUUUUGUUUUGGGGAUUGCGUGACGCCUUGGAGUUUGGUUCAGGUUACAGCGAGUGAUGACAACAGAUUAAUCCUUUGUGGCUAAUUAAGUAAUAGCCCGUUGUUGAUCAGUAUGGCUUCAGAUGCCAGUCACAUGCUUGAAGCUGCUUUAGAGCAAAUGGAUGAUAUUAUAGCAGGUUCCAAGGCUGCUGCGGAAUACUCCAAUGGAAUUUUUGAUAUCGCCUCACCUAUCCCACCAACCUACCUGAGAUCACUGCAGAUUUUGCAGCUUGUUGAAGAUUUGCGGAUCAGUCUGGAGAUGUUGGGAAGUGAGCAUGAGAGGGAAGAAAUACGAAAUCAAAUCCCUGUCACUACUAUGCAAACUGUUGCCGGCUGGCUGGAUAAUUUCCCUGGCAAUCAUCGUGCAGCUGUGAAUAAUGAAACCUGCCAAGAGCGACUGACACGGUUGGAGAGCGACAGGGAGUGCCUGGUGCUACAGGUGAGUGUGCUGACAGAUCAGGUGGAGGCCCAAGGAGAGAAGAUCAGAGACCUGGAGGCUUGUCUGGAGGAACAUCAGCUGAAACUCAGCACAACUGAAGAGAUGCUACAGCAGGAGCUGCUGAGCAGGACAGCACUGGAGAGCCAGAAACUGGAUCUAAUGGCUGAGAUUUCAAGCCUGAAAAUUAAGCUGGCUGGAUUAGAGAAGAACCAUCGGGAAUCUGAUGAGUUGCAGAAAAGUGAGAACUUGCUUCGGGAAUUACGAAAUCUGAAAUCGAAAGUGGAAGAGCUGGAGGAUGAAAAGGUCCAGUAUGAACAGAAGUUGGCAGCCACAAAGGCUGAAAUAGAAGAUCUGAAGGAGCAGUUGACCAUAAAAGAUUUUGAAAUUGAGCGAUUACAGAGCCAGCUUUCCUCCAGAGCUUCUGUACAGAGUGAUGGCUCUGAUAGAGAGGACAUGUAUAGGAGAAGGCUCAAGGAAAAACACCAAGAAGUGCAAAGACUAAAGAUCGGAUUGGAUUCUUUGCUGGCCUCAAAUGAAGAAAAGGACCAUCGAAUAGAAGAGUUGAGUCGUCUAUUAACCCAGUGUAAAAUGAUGAAGCAGAUGAUGGCUCAAGGGUCUUCUGAAAGAAUACUAACAGGGAGCAGUGAAGAAGAGUUAAGUGGCUGUUCAAUGAAUGCCACCCCCACCAAGGUGGCUCACUCAGAAGUAAUGAGACCAGAGGUCUCCCCCAAUAUCUCCUCAUCUCCGGUGGGACCUCCCCUGACACCAGUCGAGUUUGAAAUGAGGAUACAACCACGACAGACCUCAGCCAGCUUAAAUGAGCUGAACAGUGGGCAAACUGAGAAGCCCUCAGUCUUGGAAAAUGAAGAGUCUGCACAUUCUGAGAACAAGCCUUACUCGAGUAACAGCAAAUACCAGACCCUUCCAGGAAAACUUUCGCAGUCUAAUCACCAGGACAACUCCGAACAGUUCCCACCAAAGCAGAGGGUGACUACUGUCCCAAACAUACCACCCGUGAGCCCGGUGGAUUCUGAAAACACCUCCGUCAAUCUGAAUCGCAACAGGAGCGCCAGUGCUCCAACUUUAGGAGAGACUGAGAGAAGUGUUGACUCCACCUUUAGUUCGCCCAAUCUUUCACCUCUGUCCACAGCCACUGACACUGAUCAGUUUCCUUCAAUUUCCCCCGAGAGCAAAAAGAGUACCAAAGGCCUCAAGAAAUUCCUGGGAAGAAUUAGAAGAACCAAUUCAUCUUCGCUUCAUGAUGAUGAUGAAGGCACUUCAGAAUUCCGAAGAGGCGGCUUACGAGCAACAGCAGGACCCUGUUUGACAAGGUCUAAAGAGUUGUCAAGCCCAAGGAUAGACCCAAGUGCACCCUUCUCUCAAUGGACAACUGAACAGGUUUGCGCUUGGCUCCAGGACGGUGGGCUUAGUCAGUAUGUGGCUUUGGCCAGGCAGUGGAUCAUUUCUGGGCAGACACUGUUAUCGGCAACACCUCAGGAACUUGAGAAGGAGCUUGGUAUUAAGCAUCCAUUGCACAGGAAGAAAAUCCAAGUGCUGCAGAAGACUGUCAGUAAUGGACAGAAUGACAGUGCAGGGAAGUUGGACCAUAUCUGGGUCACACGUUGGCUUGAUGACAUAGGCUUACCUCAAUACAAAGACCAGUUCAAUGAAGCCAGGGUGGAUGGGAGAGUCCUUCAAUACUUGACUGUGAAUGACCUCCUAUUUCUAAAGGUUACCAGUCAGCUGCAUCAUCUUAGUAUUAAGUGUGCAAUUCACGUACUACACGCCAAUAAGUUCCAUCCUAACUGUCUUCGACGUAGGCCUUCUGAUGAGAAUCACACAUCUCCAUCUGAUGUGGUCCAGUGGUCAAAUCAUCGGGUGAUGGAAUGGCUGAGGUCAGUGGAUCUCGCAGAAUAUGCACCAAAUCUUCGAGGGAGUGGUGUGCACGGAGGUCUUCUGAUAUUAGAACCACGCUUUAACUCUGAAACAAUGGCAUUGCUCCUCAAUAUCCCACCUCAGAAGACAUUGCUUCGGAGGCACCUGACCACACACUUCAACCUGUUGAUUGGUCCAGAAGCUCAACAUGAGAAGAGAGAGUUAAUUGAAUCAAGUAGUUACACGCCCCUGAACACUACAGCAAAAGUGAGGCCAAAGAAGCUUGGCUUUUCUCAUUUUGGAAAUCUCAGGAAGAAGAAGCUUGAUGAGUCAAGUGAUUACCUUUGUCCUCCAGGCACAGUUCAUCCAGCAACUAAUGGUUCCCAGAGGAACUGUACAGGAUACAAGGCAAAGAAGAUUGUGGCAGACAGGGAAUUGAGCAGACUGGAGCAGAUGGAAGAUUCUGAAAGGGCAGUUCAACAGAUAGGGGCAUUCUCUGAAGGCAUUAACAACCUCACAACCCUGCUGACGCAAGAUAAAUCACCAAGCUACAGUUUUGAAACACCGUUUCCAAAGGAAGAGGAGCACCAUUAUUAACAUUAUGGGUGCCCAAAUCUUGUACCUCCUCUCUGUGAGGCCCAAUACUUACAAAGGCAUUGGCAUUCAGGAGAUGUUGCACUAGAAAUAAAUUAUAAGUUGUCAAUGUUAUUUAGUUGAACUGCGUUUCUGUAAUGUUUCAGUCAAAUACCUAAAUUUGGUUAUCAAAAUAUAACCUUGUCUUUUGGAGCCAAGAUGCUAACUGG